CACAAAGUGUAAGUACCUUUUGCAGCUGAACGUGACUUGCGCAGGAAGUGCAGUGCAGGCAUGGAUCGGUUUCUAGCAGGGGUGUGGCCUGGGUGCUCUGCCCGCCUCUGACUCCAGCAACUCCUGAGGGACUGAGUGAGCACUCCCUAGCUGAAAAGAGAGGGUCACUGUGAAGGCUCAGGCAGCUGAGCCAAGUCUGCUGGGAGAGCCCGAGGGACACACCCAGCUGCUCAUGCCUCUGCCGCUCUGCCAGGAGAAAGCUCGGGGCAGGAGCCGGGCCAAGCAACAGCUGGCACGAUAUGGAGCGUCGGAGCAAGAUGGAGUUUUUCCAGAAACUGGGCUACAGCCAGGAGGACGUGGUCAAGGUUCUGGGCAAACUGGGUGACAGUGCCUUGGUCAACGACGUGCUGCAAGAGUUGAUCCAGACCGGCAGCCGCCCAAGAGCCCAGGAGGAUCCAGCCAAUAGCACCGGGGUAGUGCUGAUGCCCCGAGGCUGCGGGGUCCAAGACUCUGCCCAGCAGGGCCUGGGACCAGGCCUAGAAGAGGCUGGCGGAGAUCCAGCCAGCUUCCUGCGGCCCAUAGUGAUCGAUGGCAGCAAUGUGGCCAUGAGCCAUGGAAAUAAAGAAGUCUUCUCUUGCCGGGGCAUUCGUCUGGCUGUGGACUGGUUCAGAGACAGAGGACACACCUACAUCAAGGUUUUUGUCCCAUCUUGGAGGAAAGAACCAUCAAGGUCUGAUACCCCGAUCAGAGAGCAACACGUGCUGGAGGAGCUGGAGCGGCAAGCUGUGUUGGUAUAUACCCCAUCCCGCAAGGUGAACGGGAAGCGAGUAGUCUGCUACGAUGACCGUUACAUCGUGAAGGUGGCCUAUGAGAAGGAUGGCAUCAUUGUCUCCAAUGACAACUACCGGGACCUGCAGAACGAAAACCCGGAGUGGAAAUGGUUCAUCGAGCAGCGGCUGCUCAUGUUCUCCUUUGUAAAUGACAGGUUCAUGCCUCCCGAUGACCCCCUGGGCCGCCGUGGACCAACACUAAGCAACUUCCUGAGCAAGAAGCCAAGGCCCCCAGAGCCGUCCUGGCAGCACUGUCCCUAUGGCAAGAAAUGCACCUACGGGGUCAAGUGCAGAUUCUAUCACCCCGAGAGACCGCACCACGGGCAGCUGUCAGUGGCCGAUGAACUCCGUGCCAAGACGCGGGCCUGGCCAGGUGGUGGCACCGAGGAGCCGUGGCCACCGAGUGCCCGGAGCCGUCCCGCAUCAGCCCGGCUGCUUCCCAGGGAGCCCAGCGCGCACAACCUCCCGCCAGCCCCGCAGCCCACGGCCCUGGCAGCUCUGAACAGGAGCUUCGCUCGACUGACCUUCAACGACACCGUGGCCAGCGGCGUCACGUCCCGGUCGCGUGGGCCAGACUGGAUACCCACGGAUGGCCCCACGUCCUGGGCCUCGCCUUCCCUUCGCGCUGGCAGUGCUGCCACCACAGGGUCGGCAGGUCUGCGGAGCCUUCGGAUUUCGAACAGCCAGCUCUCUCCGGGAGAUCUCGGGUCCCCUAUCUGCCCACAGGCCCAGCUGUCGGACAGACACUGUUCCAGGAACAUGCACAGUGACCUGCCUCCCCAGCGCAGACCGCUGGAAGACCCGUGGGCCCUCCUGCCCAGCUCCUAUCGUUAUCUGAGCCACUCAGUCUGGGCCGAGUCGGCUUGUGACGAGGACACCUUUAGAGGACCUUCGGGGUCAGCACAACCCGCCGCCAAUGGCGGGGGAACACGCGCUGCGCUCUGCAGCUUCUUCCCAUCAGACCAAGAGGACCCUGUGAUGGCCUCGGAUCCUCUGCUCUCAGACAUGACUAUGCUCACCCUCCUGCAGAGAUCCCAAAAGACUCCGUUGGGGGAUCCUUAGAGGAUAUGUUCAUAACACUGCAAGGGGUGGUGGCCCAGGCUUGACUGGCAGCUUGGACGGAUGGGAUACGAAACGCUUGUUAAUCUGGAUGUGUCAUUGUGGUUGGACGCAUUUUCUUCAAAUGUAGUCGGUGGGAGACUUCUUUCUCAUCCUCAGUGGUGACUACUACUCGUGCGGAUCUUGGGGAUGCUCCCUGAAGACAGGGCCUGCUGCAUAAACAGGCUGAUUUUCGCUGUGUUUGGAAGGCUUUGUCCAGAAUACAUCUGUAUCUGGUUCUAAGCAUCCACAAAUAUUUCAGCUGGUCAUCACCGUUAAUUAAGGCGAUCAAGCUGAGUCUGAUAUAAACUCUUGCUGUGUAAGUGUGUGUGUGUGUGUGUGUGUGUAUGUGGUGUGUGUGUAUGUAUGUGUUGUGUGUGUGUAUGUAUGUGGUGUGUGUGUGUUUUGUGUGUGUGUGUUUAGAACUCCAGAAAGCCAUGAGAACUUAACAUGUCAUUGUAGUUGAAAGAUUGAAAAAGGCUGGUAAAUCAAUCUUGACUUUUGUGGUGUCAAAUGAUGUUUAACAUAUGUGUUCAGGUGACAUGGGAAGGAAGGUAUUGCUGUCUGAGUUUUUAAGUCACUAUUGCUAAUUUCACUCAUAGGGGACCCCAGCCUUGUUGUGUAAAUUUUACUGUGGAGCUGUCCCAGGGGCACCUGACCCUAAGGGUCUUCUCACUGGGGCUUUAUUCUUUUUGUACAUACAUACCAUAUUACCCAAAUAUCACAGCACACACACAUACACAGGCACACAAACAUGAACACACGCACAUGGCCUUGCUCAAGACUCAGCCUGGCUUUUUUUUUUUUUUUUAAAUCAGCCUUUCUUUGUGGUGAUUCUACAAACUCUUCUAAAUUGUACCUUACAGAGAUAAGAUUCCAAUCUACCCACCACCCCCUCAAAACAACAACAACAACAACAACAACCAGCUUCCAGGUGGGUCAGCAGAGACUUGGAUUCUGGCGGAAGUUUAUUGCAACUUUACUUAGUUGUGUCUCCUAGAUAAUGUUUGGCUCUGGGUUUUGAGGUAAAAGAAGCUCAUUCAUUUACAAGGGACAAGAAAUGAUCCAGUGUUGCUGGGGCAUGGGCCCAGCAUUCGGAGGCAGCACCCACAUGUUUCAGUUGCAGUGGUAGCCUGCCAGGUUGUAACUCAUUUGUUCAUGAGGGGGUUGGUAGUUCACUUAGUCAGAGAGAGCCAGAAGGGACCUGCCAAUGGGAACUCUUUGCUGAAGCCUCCAGGUCCCUGCAGUGUGAUAGGCACAUUUGGGAAGCACCCCUUUAUUACUAGUCAUGUUUGUUGACAUAGCAAAUGUAUGCCUCAGGAAAAACACUUGUUGCGGUAUUCAUGGUAAACUUGACUCCUUGGCACCAGGGAAGCCAUAUGGCGUCCUGGAAAUCCUCCGUCUUUUAAAACCAACUUCUUAGCGUGGCUUCUUACAGAUCUGUUCCUCACUUCCUUUUCAAAGCAUAUGCUGUUCUCAGAGUGUUGCUUCUUACCUUGAGUCCCCUGUCCUGAAGAGGGUCCACUCUUUCUAGAUCCUCUGAAAGUUUUUUGUCUCGUGUGUGUGUGUGUGUGUGUGUGUGUGUUUCCUUUUCAAAAGACUGUUAGAGCCACUGUGUGAUUCCCUGUCCUUCUUCCCUGCUUCCAAUCAAUGCAUUGCAAAGUUACAGUUGGAAAUGUUUAAACUGCUUCCUCUGAAGGCAAGUUUGAGUUUUAGUAAGCUGUAAAGCUAUUUUAUUUGGUUCACGGUGAUUAAGAAAAGUACAAGAGGGGAACAGAGGUGUGUGUGUGUGUGUGUGGCGGGGGGAGAAACAGCACAUCUCAGAUGUAAUCACCUUUGGAAAAUUCCAAAGUCUUAGUAUGUCCUUGUGACACAAAACCGUGGAUGAGAGACACAAAUGGACCAUCCCUCGUUGCAUAGCUGUUACCAUGCUCCAAAAAUAAACCACUUUUUCCACACCUGGA